CGGGCGAACUAGUCCGCAGUGGUACCUUUUGAUCUUCCCCCAUAUGAAUCAUUCAUUAACGACUAUUGUUCUUCCGGCCUGAGCCUUACAUGACAUUAUUAUUCAUGGCCUGACCCAGUCAGUCACUACUGUCUCCACUUUCUACCUAGGCAGCAUGUUCAGCUCUCUCUUCGUAUCGACCGAUUAAUAGUUUUGUGCUCUUUCUUUUCCCCCUUCAUCCGUCGUCGCCUCUCUUGGUUAUCCGUCCGCCUUGUCCACCAUGGCGUCCGUUCCGGGAUACUCAGCUGCGGGCAGAACGCGAUCGUCUGAAACUCUCAUGUCCUCUGCCCGGAGUGAGACAACCUCUAGCGAUCAAACCGGUGAUUCGUCGCCUGAGUCGAUCGAGGACACCGAAACUGUUUUUCUCAACAAGCCUGUCUCGUCAAGCGAUGAUGUCUCUAAUACCCACACUCCUAACAAAUCUCCAAGCCGGGCCGUAACACCGGUGGACUCGUCGAAUUUUGAACCGCGCAAAUGUUGGAUUUGCUAUACAGACGAGACGGAGGAAUCGCCACUAAAUGCAGAAUGGCGUUCGCCGUGUCCCUGUGCAUUGACAGCUCAUGAAGCUUGUCUCCUUGACUGGCUAGCGGAUCUCGAAAAUCCCCGGUCCCGCAAGCGCAACGGCAGUCCGGCGAAAAUGGUUUGCCCGCAGUGCAAAACCGAAAUCGUUGUGUCACGUCCGAAGAGUAUGAUCGUCGAUGUGGUGCGUUUGUUUGAGAGGCUGGCAGGCCGGCUGGUGCUCCCAGGAAUGGUCUUUACACUGGCAGGUACCGUUUGGGCUGGGUGCUGUGCGCAUGGCGUCUAUUCGAUGUACUUUGUCUUCGGAACGGAAGACGCACGACAAAUACUAGAAGAAUCGGUGGAUGGUCCGUGGAAUUCUGGUAUUAACAUAGGACUGCCCCUCAUUCCACUGGCGUUGAUCUUUUCGCGGACCCGUUAUGCUGAAGGUCUCCUCCCUGCCAUCCCCGUUCUCUUUUUUGCCACCCACAACCCGGGCCAGGAAACAGACCUCGACCUUUGGCCACCAAGUGCCGCUAUGACGUUUGCCGCACUUCCUUACGUGAAGAGCUUUUACACUGCAAUCUACGACAGACUGUUUGGUAACCUGGAGAGGAAGUGGAUCGCGGAAGUACAGCCCCGUGCGGCAGAUAUCAAUGAGUUCGAUGACAACGCUCCGCAGGAGCAAGAUAGAGCAGCUGGUGAAGCGGGAAAUGGUCAGGUCUUGAUGGAGAUCGACCUUGAAUUACAGGUUGGAAUGGGCCACGACGAUGAACCGCACGGAGCCCUUGGAAUGCAGGCGGGCCAAAAUAACGCAGCUGGAGGUGGCGCGGGGGCACAGGAUGGACAAAACCAAGGCGCUGGACAGAAUCUGGGACUCGGGCGACGGGACGACCUCAUUAAUGAAACGAGCAACCUCGCAGACGUAGUUCUCGGAGCACUUAUCUUCCCUGCGGUUUCGGCAUCCAUGGGAGGACUUCUCAAAUAUGUCUUGCCAAAAUCGUGGACAACCCCAAGCUCAGUGUUGGAUCGAGCCCGACCGGGACUGCUUCAGACCAGAUGGGGAAGAAGUGUGGUUGGCGGGUGCGUUUUUGUCUUGUUAAAGGACGCCUUGGUUCUCUAUUGUCGGUGGAAGCUGGCACAGACGCAUCGAAAGCGCAAGGUGCUGAACUACGAUCGAACGAAGAAGCAAGUUGGGAGACGGUAGACGGCUGCAUAUCUUUCUCUAAUCUGGUGGUGGUUACUUCGCACCCACUCUUUCAUGAUAAUGGGCGUAAUGAUGCAUCCAAAGGGCGUUUUCAAUUUUCGGGGGUUUCUAUUUCUGGGGAUAUUUUGCAAUGGAUACUAUUCCCUCCUUUCUGUUUUUUUAUUUUUAUUUUUUUUUUUUUUUUGGCCAUACCAUGCUUUCUAACGAUGAGCAAAUUGCUUUUGACAAGGUCUUUUAGGCUUGAUAUCUCUCUUUCAUAUUGUGCUUUUUCAAGGAAACCCCACAUGGACACUUAAAAUGGGUCAUUGGCUAUUAGUGGAAUCUAACAAUCAAUUAUUUUGAAUUGCUAGCAGUGAUAAACAUGUAGAACGAAGCAUCUGUAGAUCUGUUACUCUGUAACCU